AUGUCCGGCUCAGCUAUUCGACCAAUUGCGCUCAAAGCCGUAUCCGCAAUAGCCAAUGACAUGGAAGGAUUCCCCAUCAUGGCUACUGGUGGAAUAGAAAGUGCUGAAACUGGCUUGGCAUUCCUAUCUGCCGGCGCUUCCGUACUCCAGGUCUGUUCCGCUGUUCAAAAUCAAGACUUCACCGUAGUAGACGACUAUUGUACUGGAUUGCGUGCUCUCCUCUAUUUGAAAGGUGCGAAAUCACUCAAGGAUUGGGAUGGACAGAGUCCUCCGACUGAGAAGUACCAAAAGGGGAAACCAGUCACUGUGAAAAAUACGGAUAUGUGUAUCAAUUGUGGUAAAUGCUACAUGACAUGUAACGAUUCGGGCUAUCAAGCCAUUUCGUUCAACAAGGAAACUCACAUACCAAAAGUUAAUGAAGAUGAUUGCACUGGUUGUACUCUGUGCUACAGUGUCUGCCCCAUACCUGAAUGUAUUCAAAUGGUACCAAGAAAAGGCCCGUGGAAAGCCCCAUAUCGUGGAGUGAAGCCGGGUUUCGAGCCAGGAACUCCUCGAGUUGUGAAAGUCAAUGCUAGAGGAAAAGUGAUUUUAGACGAGUAA